AUGUCGCGGAUGCGCUUUAAGGGCGGUGCGUGGACGAACAGCGAGGACGAGGUGCUGCGCGCCUCGCUGACGGUGUAUGGCCUGCAGAACUGGGAGCGCGUCGCGUCGAUGCUGGUGCGCAAGACGGCCGCGCAGUGCCGCGAGCGGUGGGAGAGUUACCUCGACCCGCGCCUGCACAUCCAUGAGGCGUGGACCGCCGCGGAGGAGGAGCAGCUCGUGCAGCUGCAGUCACUCUUCGCCAACCAGUGGAACCUCAUAGCGCGCGAACUGCGGCACCGCACCGGCAUGAACCGACCGGUGUGGCUCUGCGAGGAGCACUACCACGCCCUCCUCGACGCCCUCGAGUACGAGCGGCAGCGGAAGGACGGCGGCAGCAUCAGAAACGAGUCGAUGACGCUGGACGACUUCCUGGCGGAGCGCAGGCGGCACCGCGGCGCCCAUCAGGGCCACGAAACGCGCGCGGCGAGACCUGACGCCGUCAACUCGGAGGUGUUCGAGAAGGAAAUGGUGGAGUUCGCCGUCAGCCGCCUGGCAAAUCAGGACGGGAAGAAGGGGCUGCGCAGGGAGCGCAAGAAGCAACUUGAGCACACCAGCUUCCUCGCCAAGCUGCAGAGCAACCGUGAGGCGAUCGAGUCCGGCACACUGUCAGCAAACGCGAAAAAGCGUAUGGAGCGUGCCAUGUUGGAGGAUCUUGCGGGGCCCAGUGACACACGGCUGCGUGACGACACAGUCGAGGACAACGAUAAUGAUGAGGAUAAGGGUGAUAAUGAUGUGGAGGUCGACAAGACUACAAGGCGACGACAGCAAGGGGCCUUUCAGCCUAUCGAUCUCGGCGCGGACAAGAAGGAAGCUGGUAUUCAGGCGAAGCAGCGUGUGCUGGUGAAAGAUUUGUCAGGGAGCGAGGCGCACCAACAGCAGGAACGUGGAGCGGCCGCCGAUGGUGUGAAUGUGGAGCUGCUGCGACUGGCGAGCGGCCUGCCCACCACCGGGGACCGCCAACUGGAAGGCAAAAAGAGUUCACUGCUGCUGGCCAGUAUCGGCAGCGCCAGCAACAUCGACAAAAAGAGCACUAACAUCAGCAGCAGUGGUCACAUUGAUCAGGGAGACCUUGAUAGUCUCUUCGCGUCACUUCCUGGCGUCGUGACGGCCACACGGGAAACAGAUGUACAGAAGAACACGUUUGCAGAUGACCUAUUUAUAGGCCUGCCGGCGCCGGAGCCCGUUAGCAACAGUCGCAGCAGCAGCAGCAGCGUUGCGGAGCAAGUUGCUGUUGUAAAUAAUGAUGUGGUGAAGGUCGCGGAGGAAUCCCCGGCGACAGAGGAGGAGGAGGAGGAAGAAGAGGGGCCAUUGGACUUCACCACGCCAGCGGGUCACAUGUGGCUGCGCGAGGCGAAGCGGCGUGUUGCAUUGGAGGCGGAGCGAGCGUUUAUUGGCCGCAAACGCGCGCGACGGACAAGCCGCGAUGGCGCCACACAGCGCCGGUCGCUCUCGGUAGAAAGCAGCGAUGACGUGCGCAAGGUUGACGAUUACAGGGAGGAAGAGAAGAAGGCGGUCGAAGAGGACCCGAGCAUGCAACACGUUGUGCAUGCACUCGUGGAGAGCCAGCUGCCCGCCACCAUGCGGCAGCUUCUGGGGGAAGGGAGGCAGCAGGGGGAUGGCGAGCCAGUAGCGAAGAAAAUGAGGGGCAGCGGCAGCAACAACAAGGAUGGUGGGGAGAAGGAUGAGGGCGGAGAAGAUGUGGCAGAGCUGCGUGCACGACUGGCAGCAGGCGUUGCAGCGGCGCAGCAGCAGGACGGCGGCGAGUUCUGGCGGAGUGUGAGCGCCACGGAGGCGACAAUGCAGCUGGAGGAGCUCGUGCACCACCAACGCGAGCAAGUGGUGGCCGUCACCGCAGCAGCAGCUGCGGCCCAGCAGAGGGUGGAGCGCAUCGUGCGUGUCUGCUUCGCACGGCAGAUGCCACACCUGCAGGAGGGAGGCGAUGACGUUGUGCAGCACGCCUGUGACUAUUGGGGCGCACAGCUCCGGGAUGCGCAGCGGCAGCUCGCCUUUUACACCGCCGUCCGAGAGGCGGAGCGCCAGGAGAUGCAGCAGCGCAUCGACGAGGCCACGCACCGGCUGGCGGGCGUCGAGCAAAGGGAGCGGACGCUGCAGGAGCUAUACCGCGCCACGCGUCCCGGCCACAACGCUGCUGCUACUCUGUAA